UGUAUUUUAACAAACAUUAACUAUGGAAGUUAAUAUUAAAGAAUUAAAUGAAGGUCCAGCAAUUGUAAUAGAUGGUUAAACAAAUAUGGAUUUGGAUUCAGAAAACAAGGAAUUUUAAGAAGGGGAAACAAAGAACCCUACAUAAAUUCCUGGGAAAGCUGGAAAAUAUGUAUUAACAAAUGGUGAUAAAAUGACAUUGAAAUUUGCAAAGGGUUUAAUCUUAUGUAAUCUAAUUGGAUUUGUAUUUUUAUUUAUUGGAUGUGCUAUCAUUUAUAUAACUCUAAAAUCAAAUUGGUAUGAUGAAAUGAUGGUAGCCUUUUAAAUCUUCAUAUUCUCAGAUGUACUUUUAAUUGGGGAAAAGGUUUUGUUUUUCGCAGCUUUAAUAAACAAAAAAAAAAUAGUUAAAUUAUGUCCAUUUAUAAAUGUAAUCUCAUUAUUACUGAAGAUAGUGGCUAGUGGAUUGAUUGUGUAAGAAAUUUAAUUUAAUAUAUUAGUCAUAUUCUCCCUUGUGCACUGAUAGUCAGUAUUAUUUUAGUAUUUCUCUAAAUGCCUCAUAAUAUUAUGAUAAAAGUAAUUACCAAAAGAUGGAGGAAUAUACCUGAAAGAAAAUGGAAAAAAUAAUUAAUUUUAGUUAGAAAACCAAUCCCAUAGAAAUGACAGCUGUUAU